AUGCUUGACGAGGUGGAGAUGUGGAGGAUGAAAAAACUUCUCCGGAAUCUUCGCGAUAGUAGAGGAAACGGAACAUCAAUGAUAUCGAUUAUUAUUCCACCUAAGGACCAGAUAUCCAGGGUCUCGAAGAUGCUUACUGAUGAAUACGGAACGGCAUCGAAUAUAAAAUCUAGGGUGAAUAGGUUGAGUGUCCUUGGAGCCAUAACAUCUGCACAGUGCAAGCUUAAGCAGUACACAAAGACACCGCCGAAUGGGCUUGGGAUAUUUGUUGGGACUGUGCUCAUGGAUCAGAAUAAGGAGAAGAAAGUGAGUGUUGGUAUAGAGCCAAUAAAGCCUGUUAAUACGUCGCUGUAUAUGUGUGACUCAAAGUUCCAUGUCGAUGAUUUGCUUUCGCUUUUUGAGGAUGAGCUGAAGUACGGGUUUAUUGUGAUUGACGGGCAUACAACGAUGUUUGCAACUCUUCAAGGAAAUGUGAAGACAAUCUUGCAGCAGAUCCACGUGGACCUUCCGAAGAAGCAUGGACGGGGAGGACAGUCUUCCGUAAGGUUUGCACGUCUUAGGGUUGAGAAGAGACAUGCAUAUGUCAAGAAGGUGGCUGAGAUAGCUGUGAACCUGUUUCUAACAAAUUGUGUAAUGAAUGUAGAGGGAAUAAUCCUUGCAGGACAGUCCGAUCUCAAACAUGAGCUAGCUCAGGUGCUUGACAGUAGAAUAGGAGUGAUUAAAUCUGUCGAUACAAACUAUGGAGGAGAGGGUGGAUUGAAUCAGGCGGUUGAGCUGUGUGAGGAUGUUCUGAAGGAUGUAAAGCUCUCGAAGGAAAAGAAAGUGAUACAAGGGUUUCUGAAUGAAAUCAAUACGGACAGCGGGAAAUUUUGCUUUACAAUGAGAGAGACGAUGCACUGCUUGGACAUGGGUGCAGUUGAGACACUGAUUGUAUAUGAGAGUCUCUCAGAUAUGAAAGACGAGGAGAUGUUUGUUGAUUGGAUUGCAGAGAACUACAAGGGCUUUGGAUGCACACUUGUGUUUGUGAGUGACAAAAGCUCUGAGGGAACGCAGUUUGUUGAAGGAUUUGGAGGCAUAGGCGGGAUAUUGAGGUAUAGGGUUGAUGUUGAUGACCAUCUGGAAGAUGAUUACUCAUCAAUCGAUGACGAUGAUAUAUUCUAG